AUCCAUUAUAUUUCAAGUCUAAAUGAAACAUCAGCUCUAACUUAUUAAGUUUAUAAAAAUGGGAUCGUCUCUCAGUAUCGAGAUACCCGGAGGUGGCACAGAAGGUUAUCACGUACUCAGAGUACAAGAUGGAUCUCCUGGUCAAAAAGCUGGUCUCGAGUCAUUUUUUGAUUUUAUUGUAUCAAUUGGUAAAACAAGAUUGGAUCAAGACAAUGACACGUUGAAAGAAAUUCUCAAAGCUGGAGUUGACAAAGAGUUGUCAAUUACAGUUUAUAACAGUAAAACUCAAUCUGUACGGCAAACAACUAUUAUUCCUAGUAUGACAUGGGGUGGACAUGGGCUAUUAGGUGUCAGCAUACGAUUUUGUUCAUUCGAAGGAGCUAACGAAAAUGUUUGGCAUGUGUUGGAAGUUCAUCCAUCCUCGCCAGCAGAGCUAGCAGGACUUAAACCAUUUACGGAUUUUAUAAUUGGAGCUGAUUCGUCAUUACAUGAAAGUGAAGAUCUUUUUACUCUCAUUGACACAUACGAGACAAAGCCUCUCAAACUUUAUGUUUAUAAUACUGCUGAAGAUACCUGCAGAGAAGUUAUUAUUACACCUAAUUCAACGUGGGGAGGUGAAGGAAGUCUUGGUUGUGGUAUUGGGUAUGGUUAUCUUCACAGAAUACCUAUUAGGAAUUUACCAGAACCAAAAAUCUAUAAUCAUAGUAAUUUAUAUCAAGCAACCAAUAUAAAGCCCCCUGUAUCAGCUGAAUCACUACCAGUAUCUAAUGGCCAUUCCCAACCUUCUGUGACAAUAAUACCUCCUGGCUUCAAUGUUUCCCAAAGUUCCAUUUCAUCAAUGACAGACACAGUCAAUCUAAUGUCAAAUCCCAUCAUUACGCCAGUAACAAAUUCAUCAUCCUUGUCUUUUCCAUCAACUAAAUUAAAUAACCCUGUUACUUCAACAGCAGAUUUUGCCACUAGUAAUUUUCCACCAUCGUCUUCUAAUUAUUCCCAAAACUACGCAGAGGUUCCGUAUGAGAAUACUCCUACUAUACCAGGAAUGCCUGCAGUUGCAUCUCUUCAAACUCCUUCCAGUUUCCAACCAAGUUUUGCAUCCACACUAUUACCAGUGCCACCUCCGUCGACAACAUUAACAAUAUCUCAACCGCAAAUUGUCACGACUCCUAUUAAUUUGCCUGGAAUGCCACCGAUAACAGUUAGUGCCAGCUUACCACAAAAUGCAACUUUCUAUUCCAAUAUACGCGAGGAACACCAGCUCACUGAUCUAACCAACGCAGAUUUGCUGUCAUCAGUGUCAUCUCAAUAAUUAUGUCAAAUUAAAAAAAAAUCAAAUUAGAAAUUUACAAUCAGUUUCAUCAUUUUACACUAAGUAGAGUGUUCACUUUGUAAAUAAAACCUGUUAAUUGCCAGGUAGAGACAAAAAAAAAAGUUGAUUAAGAAAACAGCACUAUAUGUUUGCAAUAUCAUAAUAUAAUCAUAUAAUACUAUUUAAGACGAAAAUAUAUUAAGACAGAAGAUUGAA